UAUUCUAGUAAUACCUAGCCAUCAAGUGAACAGCUGAUUUCUGUCACUUGUACUCUUCUUCUCGAAUAUAAACAAUUAAAAUCCCUCAACUAAUAUUCAACUUCAACCAAUUUCUGACGUUCCAUCAAAUUUUCAAGAUAUGGACGCCGAGAGGAACAGUUCCAGUUCCGGUAGGAUCGGCGAACGGCAGAUUACCCGCUGGCGACGCGAGCAUCCGGAGGAUGCACCCGUCGUCAACUCGUCGAAUAAGAUCGAAAGACCGCCGACAGGUAUUGUGAGACCUCAGAGCAAGUACGAGCGACCGAGGUCACGUCGAGGACACAAGGAUGAAUCUUCGGAGUACGUCAACUCUGCCACCUUUCGCUCGGCGACGCCCGGACGUCUCGCCCUGGCGAGACCGCCAUCGGCGUCCUUUGUAUCCAAUCGUGCACCAACUGCAGGCAUCACCAGGAUGAGCUCCGGACUGAAUCGUUCUGGCACCGGAAUCGCGACUGCCAAACAAUUCAAUGUCAUGGUCGACAGGCCGAUUACGCAGCACGGAAUAGCAGGCAUGCGACCGGGUACCACCAGGGGUUUACCGAUGACAAGACAAAUUCAAGAUAAGAGAUAUUACGAGGGCCUGUUACAACUGAAGAUACGAGAAUUGACGCAGGAAAUCGGGAGGAUAAUGAAGGAUAUCGAGGUGCAAAAUAAGGAGAAGGCCACAUUUCUACAUUAUGACAAGAGGGCCAAGAGUUUGGCUGCAGAACUGACGAAUCUGCAGACCGAAUUAGCGGACUACAAUCUUGUGGUGGAUAAGAUGACCCUAGAUGUGGAUGAGGAAGUGGUCGAGGAGGAAGCCAAGGAGUUGGCGUUGAUGAACGAGCAUAAAACAGCGGAGGUCGAGAGGAUGUUCGAGCAACGGAAGGAGAUGGGACAGAAACUUCACAAGAUGGAAAAGGAUAUUGAGAACGAGAAGACAAGAACGGAACAAAUCAUCGAGGAUAUGGAUCCGCAUACGAGAGAGAAAUAUGACAAUCUGUUCCGGCAGAAGACGGAAUUGCAGGAGCAAGCGCAGCAGAUGCAGCGCGAGUUGGAUCAGUUGUCGAAGGAACAAAUGCAAUUGGAAGAGCAGAUAGCUCUGUCCCAGAUGAAGCAAGAAGCAGUGAAGUUGCAGGUGAGGAUCAUUGAAGCGGAAGAGAAGCGAGACAAGCUGCGGGAGGAAGAAUCCAAGAGAUUGUCACCAGAGGAUGAGAAGGAGCAGCUUUUGCAGAAGAUCAAGCGCGACAAUAACGACAUCGCCGCGACGGAGGCGCAAAUAGCGGAGAAGGAGAAGAAAUUGACGGAACUGGAACAGCAUCUAGAACAAUUAGAGACUGACAUGGAGGACAAUAAUUCGGAGAAACAGACCAAGUAUCAGGAAUUGUGUAAGCGUGAGGAAAUGAUGGAGGAAUUUAUGUCUACGUAUGAGCAAAACAAGCAGGAGGAAAUGGAGAAACUGGAGAAGCUCGAAAGAGAGAUUGUCGACAAGUUAGAGGCCGUGACAAAUUCGAUAGAGAACAAUGAAUAUCUCACGGAAGCUGAAGAGGUGGCCGUUUUACGCGACAAGUUCUUGUACAAGGAUUACGAGAUCGCACAUCGUGACGAUGACUUUGAAGAGUUGAAGAAGGAUUACGCGACCAUGCAACAAACAUUCAAUAGGCUGAGAAUCCUGGAGGAGAAAUUGCAGGUGGAGUCCAAACAGUUGAAAGAAAAACUGAAAAAACAACAGAGUGAAUUGAUUGUUCUGGAGGAUUUGGAUGGCUUGAAAACGCGAAAUGACCACGAGCGAGAUGAAUUAAUCACGGAACGCGAAGGACUUGUGACCGAGGAAACAGUUUGCGAGAAUAAACUUAAAUCAUUACAAACAGAAUAUGAUAAGCUUAAAGAGCGAUUGGAAAAAUAUCCGAUUUAUCCAGAGAUCAGUAGCCUGGAAGAAAAAUUAGAUAAAUUGAAAGAAGACAAAACAACAAUCGGAGAAUUCAUAACAAAGGAAAAGGAGCGCGUCAAUUACGAACCGCUUAAAGAAAAAGCCUUUAAACUAAUUAAUAAUUAUAGUACGACACUUCAAGAGAAUUUAAAAUCUCUUUAUUAAACGAUGAUUUUAUUCUCUCUUGAGAUAAUAAAAGCUUUACUCGAAAACAAUAAUAAAACAACUAACAGUAACAAGAAAACGAUAGAAAUUCUCAGAAUUAUAGAUUUUAUUACCUUGUCAUUGUACUUUUUAUUGUGAUAUUGUUAUUUAAGAAUUCCUAUCGUCCACCUUUCUUAUUAUGUUUUAUUUAUCUUUGGAUUAUCGUUAUUUCACAUGUAUUAGUUCUAAUUUAAAGAUUACUAACGUUUAUUUUAUUCUUAUCCUGUUCAAACUCUGGAGGAAGUGGAACUUUAUUUGCCUGUAGAAACUGAAUAAAGUUUUUCUUGAAUUUUU